ACCCAGCAUGCCAGUCGGUGCGCACUGAUCCACUGAUACUGUCGGUAAUAUGGCGGCCGUCAGUAAGUACCUGACAGCUAAAAACUCUUCGAUAGCUGGCGGAGUCCUACUCGUUUUAUACAUCCUGAAGCAAAGAAGGAGAAGAGGAGGCAAGUCAAGCGGUAAAAAAGGACGCUCAGAACUGGUGUUGAGCAAUGACGACAAAGCAGCCAAGAAAGACCGUGCUGCGGUGGACUAUGUCUUCUUCCUCAGAAUCAGUAAGAUCAUCCGGAUCAUGGUGCCUCGAUGGUUCUGCAAAGAGACAGGAUACCUUGUCCUCAUAGCUGCCAUGUUGGUGGCCAGGACAUAUUGUGAUGUCUGGAUGAUCCAGAAUGGAACCAUGAUUGAAAGCGCAAUUAUCGGUCGUUCCAACACCGAUUUCAAGAACUACUUGUUCAACUUUUGCAAAGUCAUGCCACUUAUUGCAUUGGUGAAUAACUUCUUGAAGCUGGGUCUGAAUGAGCUGAAGCUGAGGUUCAGAGUGAGGCUAACCAAACACCUCUACGACGAGUACCUCAAAGGAUACACGUACUACAAAAUGGGCAACCUGGAUAACCGUAUCGCUAACGCUGACCAGCUGCUGACUCAGGAUGUAGAGAGGUUCUGUAACAGCGUGGUGGACCUCUACUCCAACCUCAGCAAGCCUCUCUUGGACAUUGGACUGUACAUCUUCAAGCUGACGUCUGCCAUCGGUGCCCAGGGCCCAGCGAGUAUGAUGACCUACCUGCUGGUCUCAGGCCUGUUCCUGACCAGACUACGACGGCCCAUCGGUAAGAUGACGGUGACAGAGCAGCGCUACGAGGGAGAGUACCGAUAUGUCAACUCGCGACUCAUCACCAACAGUGAGGAGAUUGCCUUCUACAAUGGGAACAUGAGAGAGAAACAGACCAUUCACUCAACAUUUAAGAAACUGGUCGACCAUUUGCACAAGUUUAUCUUCUUCCGUUUCUCCAUGGGCUUUGUGGACAGCCUGAUCGCAAAGUACAUAGCCACUGUGGUGGGCUACCUGGUGGUGAGUCGGCCCUUCCUCAACCUCGCCGACCCCCGCCACAUGAACAGCAGCCAACCUGAGUUGCUGGAGGACUAUUACCAGAGUGGCAGGAUGCUACUGAGGAUGUCCCAGGCUCUGGGAAGGAUCGUACUAGCUGGUAGAGAGAUGACCAGGCUCUCUGGGUUCACCAUGCGUAUCACUGAGCUCAUGAAGGUCCUGAAGGAACUGAACUCGGGGACGUACGAACGCACCAUGGUCUCUCAUCAGGACAAGGAAUCAGAAGCUGUAGAAAGAGUCCCUCUUGUCCCGGGCAGCGGACAGAUCAUCAACGUUGACCACAUCAUCAAGUUUGAACACACACCACUGGCAACACCCAAUGGAGAUAUCCUGAUCAAGGACCUGACCUUUGAAGUGAGGUCUGGUACCAACGUGUUAGUGUGUGGGCCCAAUGGCUGUGGCAAGAGUUCACUCUUCAGAGUCCUGGGAGAGCUCUGGCCUCUGUUUGGAGGACAGCUGACCAAGCCUGAGAGAGGGAAGCUCUUCUAUGUUCCUCAGAGACCGUAUAUGACCCUUGGCACCCUGAGGGAUCAGGUGAUUUACCCUGACACCUAUGAGGAACAGAAGAGAAAAGGAAUCUCUGACCAGGUGUUGAAGGAGUACCUGGACAAUGUCCAGCUGGGUCACAUCCUGGACAGGGAGGGGACCUGGGACACCGUACAGGACUGGAUGGAUGUCCUCAGUGGAGGAGAGAAGCAAAGGAUGGCGAUGGCUCGGUUGUUCUACCACAAGCCCCAGUUUGCAAUCCUGGAUGAGUGCACCAGUGCUGUGAGCGUUGAUGUGGAGGACUUCAUCUACAGCCACUGCAGAACGGUUGGCAUCAGUCUGUUCACCGUCUCUCACAGGAAGUCUUUGUGGAAACAUCACGAGUACUACCUUCACAUGGAUGGGAGAGGGAACUAUGACUUCAAACCCAUCACUGAGGAGACCAUUGAGUUUGGCUCCUAGA